GAUGACGACUACGGAGUAGUGGAGGAUGAGGAUGAAAUAAAAGAAAAGGAAGACGAGCAACAGCCAGUGCAGCCGUUGAAGUUUGCCGACGUUCCGGCUCAUUUUCGAUCUAACUGGGCCUCCUAUCAAGUGGAGGCACUGGUCCUGGCCUUGAUUGCCAUGUACCUACUUAAUUAUGUCAUUGGUCGAAACACUAAUCAAUCAAUGGCGUUAGAGUGGUUUGAUAAUGUCAGAGGUCUCCUUGAACAGCAGUUCGCCUUGGUGGGAGAUGACGGAGUGAAUGCAUAUCCAGAGAGUGGAGCUGCCGUACAAAGAGAGACUGACUGUUCCUAUACCGUAUGGUGUUCAGGAAGGAUUGGCGUCAACGGUAUGCUUAUUCAGAUACGAACGAUGAAACGUCAAGACCUCAUGAGCCGAAUUAUGGGCUUCUUCACACCACAGAAGGAUGUCAUUACAUUUAAGGUAUUCAGAAAGAGUCCAAUUUCUCUGUUUUGGUUACGAAUUCGAUUGUUUUUUUAUAAGGAGAUGCUAGAUCUGUCUACCUAUACAGUCGAGAAGAAGAAUACAUCUCAGUUUGGGUUACCAGCGAGUUUUGCUCUUUACGCCGAACAGUCUGAGGCUACCUACGCAAUCUUUGAGCCAGGAGUUGUAGCCAUUCUCAAAAAAUAUGAAAAGGCAAUUGAACAUGUACACAUCUCCGACCAGUACAGCGGCCAGAAACCACCAGAAAACUUACACUCGGCUACCCGAAUUCUGCCUGAACUUGGACGAGUCGCAGGCGGAGCUCCUUCAUUUAAUGUUCUAUAUUGUGGACAAGGUGUGUUUGGUGGCUCUGUACGGAAAUUCCGCAUGAGCAAGGAGGCAAAACAGAAGGCUGACAAGAGAAGACGUGAGGUUGAGGAUGCGUUCAUAAAGACAACUCAUCAGUUGAGGCAGGAAGCAGCUCAGGCACGUCGCGAAGAAAAGACCCGUGAACGUAAGCAACGCCUUUUGGAGGAAGAAGACCCUGAAAAACAAAGACGACUUGAGAAACUCGAAAUGAAACGAGAAGCCAAGGCAAAGCAACCGAAGAUGAAACAAUUAAAAGUAAAGAUGUGA